AUGGCGGACGCGAAGCGGCAAUUGGCGCGCUUCACCAGUUGGUUGGGUUUGGCUUGUGGCGUUCUAUCCCUUGUCGUAUUCUUCUUCUUGAUGCCUGCGGUGUCACCGCGUGUUGUUGUAUACGAUGAAAGCUUCACGAAGGAUUACAACCGUUACACAUGGCGCUUUGCAAUGUUCUCGUUCGUGCCUGAUGUGUUUGUCGACAUAUGGACGCCGUUUGUCAUGGGAAUGAUAUCUAUUUUCUGUCACUUUGGGGAGUUCAACUUCGACUGGAUGUGCAAAACGUAUGCACACUUCUUUGUUUGGAACUUCGUGAUGGCGCUAUUUGGGCAAAUUGGAUAUUCAGGCAUCAUAGGCAUCAUCGCCAGCUCCUUCACUUUCCUCUGCACUCUCCUCAGUCUUAUAUGCGCCUUUCUCGUCAAGGACCAGAGCGCCAAGCUGCAGAUCACGCAGCAAAAAUGA